CACUGUUCGUUUCAAAACAAAACCGCGUCCAUCCUGCGUCGAUGUUCUGCGUUCAUCAGGACUCGGUGUUACGUUUAUCGUUUACUCCCCGAUAACACAUUUGUAAACAGUCGCUUGCGGUGACCGGAAGCGUUUCUGCACGUUGAUGUGUGCUCGCUGAUAAAGUAAUUUGAUUAAUCAGCGAACCAAUUGUUCUUUUAGUGUUCAGUAAAUAGUAUACAGCAUAUCAAUGCCAACCUGGAAUCAGAUUCAGGCCCAACUGCGGCAUCCUAAUAAUCCAGUGGUGUUCAUGGACAUCACAGUGGGAACCUCGGAGAUCGGCCGAAUGGUGUUUGAGCUUUUCGCCGAUGUGGUUCCUAAAACGUGCGAAAAUUUUCGCCAAUUCUGUACUGGCGAGUACAAAAAGGAUGGUGUACCAAUCGGAUACAAAGGUUCUAGCUUUCAUCGUGUUAUAAAAGACUUCAUGAUUCAGGGUGGAGAUUUCGUAAAUGGUGACGGUACCGGCGUAAUGAGCAUUUAUGGCAAUAAUACAUUCCCGGAUGAAGGUUUCCUACUUAAACAUGAAGCUCCUGGUCUGUUGUCUAUGGCCAACAGUGGGAAAGACACCAACGGUUGUCAGUUUUUCAUCACUUGCGCUAAGUGUAACUUUCUCGACUAUAAGCACGUUGUGUUCGGAAGGGUUCUGGAUGGUCUGUUAAUUAUGCGAAAAAUAGAAAAUGUGCCGACUGGUCCAAACAACAAGCCAAAGCUGCCUGUAGUGAUUUCGCAAUGCGGACAAAUGUAAGAUAUUGAUAAGAUUGUUGAUCCAAUGUACGGGAUUAUAGACGAGUACCACAAUUUUACGGCAAAUACUGGCACAAGUGACACAUCAAUUACAUUGAGUGAUACCUGUGAAAAGCUAAUACAACAGCGACACCAGCAGCACAAACAGUAA